AUGCGGGCCACGAAGAAGGCAGUCUGUUGGAGACUUUUUCUAUUGUCGUGCCUGUUUUUGGAAAGUUCAUCUCAAGACUUUGGCGGACAGACGCAGUUCAUUUGCACGUCCGUACCAAAGGAUAUGGACAUAUGCGCCGCCACCUUGCAGAACAGCGUGCCGGGAGAGGACUUGAAGACCACUGUUAUGCAGCUGCGGGAGACGGUUUUGCAGCAAAAAGAGACGAUCAUGAACCAAAAAGAGACCAUCAGAGAACUGACCUCAAAGUUGGCUCGGUGUGAGAGCCAGAGCGGCGCCGAGCCCGGGGACGCGCGGCCCGGGGGCAGGAGGAAAGAAGCUGGGGCCAAAAACACAAUGGGGGAUGUAUCGAGGGGCCCCGCUGACACUUUGACGCAACUAUCACAGACUUUACAGUCGCUGAAGCAGAGAUUAGAAAAUCUGGAGCAAUUCAGCAGGAGUAACAACUCAGUGCAGGCGAACAGCCUCAAAGACCUGCUCCAAAGUAAAAUCGACGACCUGGAGAAGCAGGUCUUGUCCCGAGUGAACAGCAUCGAGGAAGGGAAGCCCGGACUUCGGAACGAGACGGAGCAGCGUGGGAGAGUAGAGUCCACCCUCACGUCUCUACACCAGAGGAUCACCGACCUGGAGAAAGGUCAAAGAGAAAACAGGCCUCUGGAUAAAUUCCAGCUCACAUUCCCGCUGAGAACCAACUACAUGUAUGCAAAAGUGAAGAAGAGUUUGCCAGAGAUGUACGCCCUCACCGUGUGCAUGUGGCUCAAGUCCAACGCGUCCCCGGGAGUGGGCACACCUUUCUCCUAUGCAGUUCCUGGUCAAGCCAACGAGCUGGUCCUCAUAGAGUGGGGAAACAACCCCAUGGAGAUACUGAUAAAUGACAAGGUCGCAAAGCUGCCUUUCCUUAUAAACGAUGGGAAGUGGCAUCAUAUCUGCGUAACCUGGACCACUCGGGAUGGCGUUUGGGAAGCUUUCCAAGAUGGCGUCAAGAGAGGGAGUGGAGAGAAUCUGGCUCCAUAUCAUCCCAUCAAACCACAGGGCCUGCUGAUCCUUGGCCAAGAGCAGGACAUGCUCGGAGGAGGGUUCGACGCCACACAAGCUUUUGUCGGAGACCUGGCAAAUUUUCACAUCUGGGAUCGGAAACUGUCUGUCGGGGAGAUAUACAAUCUAGCUACGUGCAGCAGCAAAGCGCAGGUGGGCAACGUUUUUGCAUGGAUGGAGACGAGCCUUGAUAUUUACGGAGGUGCCUCGAAGUGGACAUUUGAAGCUUGUCGCCAGCUCAACUGAACUGCAGAGAUGAGUGCAUUCGUCCAAGCCACUCUGUCUGUUACAGCAUUGGUAAAUCAAUUUGAAAGAGCAGGAGGCGAAUAUUUCAAUGAAUAGCAUCUGGAUUUGUUAUAGAUAUUUGAAAACAUAAUUUGUGGACACUUGAUAGAUUUGUACCAGAUUCCCAAUGGGGGGGAAAUGGACACUUUGGCAUCCUGUGGUGCCUGACUAGCAUAUCAGGCCUACUUUCAUAUGAAAAAGCAUCUGAUGAGGCCCCAGAGAGCAAGGGAUGCUCCCAGAGGCCUUCAAAAAACCCGACAGGCCAGCAUCAAAAGUCCAGUAGGAGGUCAUAUAGUUUUUAACGAGCAGAUGUCACGCAAUUGAACAAAAUGACUGAGUUCUUCAAACCGUCUUUUCUGUCUCGACUGCCAGGGAUUUUCACUGUGAAAAGGGACAUAGCGGACUUCGUUAAAAAGGAAUGAGUUCUUCAAGGAGGUCAUGAAAUAGACGACGUUGUUUCUCUCUCUCACUCUUCUGUCUCUACCACCACCCGCUUGACGUGAUUUUGUGUAAAGAUUGCCAACAUUUGAGCCUGAGUGCCUUUGGGCUGUUGAAAAAAAAAUCUCAGCACAUUCAUUAUGAUUUGCAGAGUGUUUGUGUUUAUUUUUCUCGUCAAUUAAUUCUCAAAAGGUGUUUCCUUGUAACACUCUGAAUGAUGUCGGAUCAGACAGUUUAUUGUAAAAUGCAGCUCGUUGAUGAUAAUGACGCAUUUUGCAGAUGUUUGUACUUCAAUGGGAAUGUUCUCUGUACAGUAACAGCAUGUCUUAACUUCUGUAAAUGCUGCGUCAGCAUCUGAUCUUUGCUUCUACUAUCCUACUUUUGGGUUGAGAUUUUAUA